AUGAGUGAUGUGGAAAGUGACAACAGCGAGGAGAUGGCAGAGCAAAAUGAUGAGGUAUACGAUGAUGAGACAUAUGAAGAGGUUAUUUCAGAAAUAAAAAAAAUGGUCGAAAUUUCGCCCAAGGAUUAUGACAAUCGUAUGAAAUUAAUUGAGGCUUUGCGUCGAAGUGGUGAGCUUGAAGGAGUUCGAGAACAGCGGGAUUACAUAUCGUCAUUGUAUACUAUGCCUCCUAGUUUUUGGUUGGAGUGGAUCGAAGAUGAAAAAUCGGCAGAAAGUAGCAAGGAUUUGAUUAAACGGCUUUUCGAAUGUGCAGUUCGAGAUUUUCACAGUCCCGAAGUUUAUCUUGAAUACGUUCAGUGGGCCUGCGGCAUAUCUCUCGAUUUUGCAAGAGAGAAAAUGGAAGAAGCGGUGAUAAAAAUAGGCCUACGGGCUGAUUGUGCUUCUUUGAUUUGGAAUAUUUACUUGGAUUUUGAAAAAAUGAUUCUGAAUUCGAUGAGUGAUGAAAAAGAUAAGCAGAGGAAACAUGUGGAAUCGCUUUAUGGACGAUUGCUUAGUGUGCCGCAUCAGGGUUUACAGGAGUCAUGGAAUGAAUAUAAGGAAUUUGCGGAGGGUAAGGAGUUAGAGGAGUUUCAUAAAGCAUUUGAAAACUCAGCAAAACGUAUGGCGGAUAUCAGUGAAUUUGAACAACGUCUCGAAAAUGCCACAGAAGAAAAUAAGAAGUUAUCUAUUCUAAUGGAAUACAUUAAUUUCGAAAUGCAAACAAACGAUCCGGCAAGAAUCCAAAUGAUUUUUGAAAGGGCACUUUGUGCAAUUGCGGCUUCUCCAAAUUCUGAUCUCUGGUUGCAUUACGGUAAUUGGCUGGAUUCGUCAUUGAAAUUGCCACAGGUCUCUACAGACGUAUACGCACGUUCUGUACGUCAUGCACCAUGCUCAGCACUUUGGCAGCAGUAUUUUUCGGCACUAGAACGGUCGGAUGCUUCUCCUGAAGAAAUUGAUACUAAGUGGCCAGAUGCUCGAGAUACAAUAAUGACACAAGAAGAGGGGUUCUCUCUCUAUCGUACAUAUAUAUAUCUUCUUCGACGACGUGUUACCAAGCAAGGUAACAAUGAUUAUUCUGCUGUGUUAGAGAAAUUCGACGAAGGUGCAGAUUUUUUGGCUAAAAAAUUUGGAGCUAAUUGGGAUAGCCCAAAAGCUCAGUAUCGUAAGAACCAUGCCCUCUUUUUAUACACAUCUGCAAAACAGCCUAAGAAAGCUCUGAAAAUUUGGAAUGAUAUUCUGGCAUCGGGGAGUGGUCACUUAGCAACAGCUUGGAUAGAAGCUGCUAAUUUAGAACGUUUUUUCGGUGAUGUGAAUAACGCGCGUAAACUGCUUUACAAAGCUAUCAAUUCAGCAAGCGAUCAUCCAUACACGGUAUUUGAUGCUCUUAUCCAGUUUGAGAGAGAGGUAGGAAGUAUUGAUGAUCUGGACAAAGCGCUGCAAAAGGUAAAUGCUCAAGUAAGUCGGAUUUCAUCGAGGCCGCAAAAAAACAAAAUGGAGAAAAGUAGUAAAAAAAGGAAGAAAGAAAAUGAUGAAGAUGUUGAAGUUAAACGAAAGAGAGAAGACGUAGAGAAGAAAGGACAGAAAUUCAUAACCAAUGAGGAUGAUUUUAUAAACGGCACACUGAAAAUUACGGCAAAAAUUCAGCAGAAGAAAGAGAUGAGCGAAGUCGAUAAAAAGCAAGUGGAUGGCGAUGGCUUUGUAGUUCCACAACUUCCUUCCCAGUCAUCGAAACUGAGAACAGCAUCAAGUCAAGAUCUUGGUUUGCAAGGGACAAGUGAAGAAGCUUCUGAAAAACGUCACACCGUAUUCGUCUCCAAUCUUGAUUUUAAGUUGCCAACAGAAAGGCUGAAAGAAAUAUUCCUGAAUGCGAAAGAAAUUCGACUGGUCUAUCGGGGGAUGAGCAAAUUGCACAAAGGAUUUGGGUACAUAGAUUUUUCAACUGAACGGGAAGCUCGGGAUGCUUUGAAAAUGGAUCGAACUCAAAUUGAUGGCAGACCAUUGUAUGUUUCAGAGUAUAAACCGCAUGAUAAGGGGAAAAAUACUGAAUUUCGUUACAGUACCGGUUUGGAAAAAAACAAAGUUUUUGUUAAUAAUAUCCAUUAUGAUGCUACCGAGGAACAACUUAAGGAAAUAUUUACAAUAUUUGGUACAAUCCGUGAUAUUCGUAUUGUGACACAUAAAUCUGGUAAAUCAAAAGGUUGCGCAUACGUAGAAUUUGAAAACGAUAAUGAUGCUGCAAUGGCAGUGAAAGCUGGCGAUGCUGGCGACCUUAUUCUUUUAGAGCGAAAAUUAUCAGUUGCAAUCAGCAAUCCACCGAAGCGUAAGGAACAAUUGCAGCGAUUUAAUACAACCAGUUUUUCGCAUCAACGAGGUAAAAUAGAUCUGAUACCACGAACACUGGCGAGAACCACAAAACUGGCCAAAUCAACUGUCGAUAAUAGAAGCAAUGGAAACGACUCAGGAAUGUCAACAAAACAUAUGUCCAAUGAAGAGUUCCGAUCCUUUUUGAAAUGA